GGUGGGUCCACAGAAAGUAAAGUCUCCUUCUGUGUCAUCAGGUUUCAGGUCGAGUGUCGCCAUGAGCCGAGCCGGGACCUCGCCACUCUUCUCCACCGAUCAGCUGCUGUUCCUGCUGACCCUCGUCCUCUCGGAGCUCCGGUGUUCGGCAGCGGGCGGUGCAGGGUUGACCCUCCAGUCCAACAACUCACUCAGCAAUCACACCAAGUGCGGCGGCACCUCCGUCUGCAUUAAGGGCGUCAUCCUGCCGAUAUGGAAGCCAGAGAACCCGGCAUUCACCGACCGCCUCGCCAGAGCCACCGUUUACUUUGUGGGGCUGGCGUACAUGUUCCUGGGCGUCUCCAUCAUCGCCGACCGCUUCAUGUCGUCCAUCGAGGUCAUCACCUCCCAAGUGAGGCAGAUCACCAUCAAGAAACCCAACGGCGAGAAGAUCACCACGACGGUGCGUGUCUGGAACGAGACGGUGUCCAACCUGACCCUGAUGGCACUUGGCUCCUCGGCGCCGGAGAUCCUGCUGUCAGUCGUGGAGGUCUGCGGCCACAAUUUUGACGCCGGCGAGCUGGGCCCUAACACCAUUGUAGGCAGCGCCGCCUUCAACAUGUUCGUCAUCAUCGGCCUCUGCGUGUCCGUCAUUCCUGAAGGAGAGACCAGAAAGGUGAAGCACCUCCGGGUGUUCUUCGUCACUGCCCUCUGGAGCGUGUUUGCGUACACCUGGCUGUACCUGAUCCUCGCCGUCUUCUCUCCCGGCGUCGUGCAGAUCUGGGAGGGGCUGCUCACGCUCUUUUUCUUCCCCCUUUGUGUUGGGUUUGCUUACGUGGCUGACCGCAGACUUCUUUUCUACAAGUACAUGUACAAACGCUACCGAGCAGGGAAGCAGAAGGGAAUGAUCAUCGAAACGGAGGGCGAGCCGGAGCUUCCCUCCAAAGUCGACAUCGAGAUGGACGGGAAAAUGCUCAACUCGCAUGGCGAGGAGGCGGCAUUUGACUUUCAGGAGCCAAGCGAGGAGGAGUCCCGCAGAGAGGUGGCCCGGAUCCUGAAGGAGCUGAAACAGAAACAUCCCGAGAAGGAUACUGAGCAGCUGAUGGAGCUCGCCAAUUACCAAGUUCUGACCCAGCAACAGAAGAGUCGCGCUUUCUACCGCUGCCAGGCAACCCGGAUCAUGACGGGAGCGGGAAACAUCCUGAAGAAGCACGCCGCCGACCAAGCCAAGAGGGCCAACCAGCACGAUAUCUGCUCCGAGGUUUCCAUGAACGACUUCUCCUCCAAGCUGUUCUUCGACCCGGGAACCUACCAGUGUCUGGAGAACUGCGGAAGCGUGGCGCUGAACGUGGUGCGGCGCGGCGGAGACCUGACCAGCACGGUGUCCGUGGAUUACCGGACCGAGGACGGCACUGCAAACGCCGGCUCUGAUUACCAGUUCACCGAAGGAACGGUCGUGUUCAAACCCGGCGAGACCGAGAAGGAAAUCCGCAUCGCCAUAAUCGACGACGACAUCUUCGAGGAAGACGAGCAUUUUCUGGUUCACCUCAGCAACGUGAAGGUCGUAUCACAGGAGCGUGAGGAGAACCACGAGGAUGCCCUCGCCAGCCUGGGCCUGCCGUGUACCGCCACCGUCACCAUCUUCGACGACGACCACGCAGGGAUCUUCACGUUUGAGGAGCCUAUUGUGACCGUGAGCGAGAGUAUCGGGAUGAUGGAGGUAAAGGUGAUGCGCACGUCGGGAGCUCGCGGCGUCGUGGUGGUGCCGUACAAAACCACGGAGGGGACGGCGAAAGGAGGUGGUGAGGACUUUGAGGACACACACGGUGUCCUGGAGUUUGAGAACGACGAGAUCUUUAAAACUAUUCAGAUCAAUAUUAUUGAUGAUGAAGAAUAUGAGAAAAACAAGAACUUCUUCCUGGAGAUGGGCGAGCCUCGGCUGCUGGAGAUGAGUGAGAGGAAAGCCGUGUUGCUGCAGGAAGUCGGUGGAUUUGUGAGGACAGGCAGAGACGUCUACAGGAAGGUCCAGGGACGAGACCACCCUGUCCCCUCUGCUGUCCUCAAAAUCACAGAAGAGGGGGGUGAGGAGGUUUUGACCAAGAAGGAGGAGGAGGAGAGGCGGAUUGCAGAGAUGGGCAGACCGAUGUUGGGAGAGCACGUCAGACUGGAGGUUGUCAUCGAGGAGUCCUACGAGUUCAAGAGCACUGUGGAUAAACUCCUGAAGAAGACCAACCUGGCCCUGGUGAUUGGCACCAACAGCUGGAGGGAGCAGUUUGUGGAAGCCAUCACGGUCAGCUCGGGUGACGAUGAUGAUGACUGUGGCGAGGACAAGCUGCCCUCCUGUUUUGACUACGUCAUGCACUUCCUCACCGUCUUCUGGAAGCUUCUGUUUGCCCUCGUCCCUCCCACCGACUACUGGAACGGCUGGGCCUGCUUUGUCGUCUCCAUCUCUGUCAUCGGCAUGCUGACGGCCGUCAUCGGGGACCUGGCGUCACAUUUCGGCUGCACCAUCGGCCUCAAAGACUCCGUCACUGCUGUGGUUUUCGUGGCUUUGGGCACGUCGGUGCCAGACACCUUUGCCAGUAAGGUUGCAGCCAUUCAGGACCAGUACGCAGACGCCUCGAUCGGCAACGUGACAGGGAGUAAUGCCGUCAACGUCUUCCUGGGCAUCGGCGUGGCCUGGUCCAUCGCUGCCAUCUACCACUACUCCCAGGGCCAGGAGUUCAGGGUCGACCCGGGCACACUGGCCUUCUCCGUUACGCUCUUCACCAUCUUUGCCUUCAUCUGCUUUGGUGUCCUCAUCUACCGCCGCCGGCCCGAGAUCGGCGGGGAGCUCGGCGGCCCCAGAGGCCCCAAGAUCCUCACCACCUGCCUGUUCUUCAGUCUGUGGUUGAUGUACAUCGUCCUCUCCUCGCUGGAGGCCUACUGCCACAUAAAAGGCUUCUAAAGGUUCUACUGUAUUGGAAGGUUCGAACAGGUUCUUGAUGAACAGUUCUGAUGGGUUUCCAAAGGUUCCAACAGGGUUCUGCAUUUUCUGACAGUUUUCUGUGAUUUCUGUUAUCUGUCUGAAGGUUUGGACGACGUCUAAAGUUAAACAGGCUCCUGACAGGAUAUGGAACAGUGCUGACAGGUUUCUGACAUUUUGGAUGAACUCCUAAUAGCUCUAUGUUUUUUUUGAUAAUCUGUGAUUUCUGAAUGCAGAUAAAUUAUGAAAUAAUUACUAAUAACUCUGCUGGGCUCUGUAUUGUUAUUUUAACUUCUUUAAAGUUUUAACUUACUUCAAAACAACUUUGAUUGGUUUCUAAAGGAAUAUGCUACUGGACUAUGAAGGACUAACAGGUUUUAAACAGGUCUGAUAGGUUUCUUGAGAUCCUGAAGGAUCCUGGGCUUCUUCACAGUCCUGGUACAGGUAUUAAGGUUCCAAAAGGUUCCUGUAAUUUGUUUAAGGGCUUGGAUAAUCUUGUUAGGGUUCUUCUGUUAUUUGUUUGAAGGUUUCAACGGACGUCUAAAAGUUAGAUACAGUGCUGACAGGUUUCUGACAAUUUGGUAGAUAAAUGAAUAUUCUGCUGGACUCUAUAAAGUUAUUUAAAGGUCUAACAGGUUUCAAACAACUUUGAUUGGUUUCUAAAGAUCCUGAAGCCUUCUGGACCAUGCUGAUGGGUUUCCUGAGGGCCCAGUAGGUUUUUAUGACAGUUCCUGUCAAUUUUCUAAAUGUUUGUAUGGACUUGUGGGAGUUCUGCUGGUUCUGACAGGUUCAUGCGUCUAAAGUAUUUGUCAGAUGUCUAAAACAUUGAAAAAGUUCUUGACAGUAGUUUCUUGUUUGUUAGGUCCUUUUUCUGAGGGUGAACUCCUGAAUGUUCAUAUAACAUCAUUUUUAUUUGUCAAAAAGUUUGCAUAGAACUCUAAAUGUUAGAGUCAAUAGAUAUCUGAAGGCUCUGAAGAACAUUAUCCUGUUCCAAUAUGAACUCCUAUCAGCUGUUCUAAUGAUCUGUCAGGUGUCUUUGGUGGUUUUGAUGAAUUUCUAAUAUACACUGUAUGUAUAGUUCUUUUAGGUUUUUAAAGUUUUAACAGGUUGAAAACAUCUAUGAGGAGUUUCUGAAGGUUCCCCACAGUUUCUGUGAGUUCUAAAGACUACUGAAGUCUCUUUGACUUGUCCUGGAGUCCACAGUGGACUGAGUGCUGGUGACCUCCAUGACUGGACUACCUUCAUCUUCACAUACCUCCUGAACAUUUAGAGACAUUUACACGUAUCAUGAACCCUUUAAGAAAUGAAAAACAUAAACCACUUUAAUUUUGUCGUCGUGCAGGGACAUUAAACCCCAGCCACAGGAAAGAAGAACAGCUGUGGUGAGGAAGGAGGCAGCUCGGGUUGUAUACUAAUGAAUACCUGCAGGACUUUUGGUUUUAAAGGCGACUGGAGCAGUAGUGUUGCACCUCAAUGAAUAUCUGCACUGAGUUUGAGAUAUAGUUUAAUUUGUUGAUUUUAAAUGAAGCAAAGAAACAAAGGAGGAUCAAGAGUUCGUUGUCGAAGCCACUGAAGGUCUUUUCAGAACCUUAAAAACAGACACUCAGUGAAUUGAACCUGAACUGCAGUGGAUCCAACAUGUUUGAGAAAAUAUACGCGUGUAUGUUUGUGUGUGUGUGCGAGUGUAUAAGUAACUUCAAAGAACACUAGGAAGAAGACGUCUGUCAUAAUGUUCUGUGAUAUGAUUGGUUACUGGAGGAUGUAAACACCAGAGCUGAGCACAGAACGCAGAGUCUUUCCUUCAAAUAUUAAAGUAAAGUGAGUGACA